AUGUAAUAAAAACACGUUUAGUAUAAUGGCGAGUGUCCUUCAUCGUUCUUUCUUGCUCUUUCCUCGACAGCAACAAAGGCUGAUAAAACAAUUUCCUCCUGGAGUGAUGUGUCUGUCUACUACAAGACCAUUAGAUGCUAGAAGAACUAAUACAUGCAUUAACUUUGUGCCACAGCAGGAGGCUUGGAUCGUUGAGAGAUUUGGAAAAUAUUUGAGGACUCUAGAACCAGGGCUGAAUAUACUAAUACCGAUUGUUGAUACUAUAAAAUAUGUCCAGAGUCUAAAGGAGACUGCUGUUGAUAUUCCAUCACAAUCAGCUAUCACUGAAGAUAACGUGACACUGCAUUUGGAUGGUGUCCUAUACUAUCGUGUUAUCGAUCCAUUCAAGACAUCAUAUGGAGUUGAAGAUGCUGAAUUUGCUGUAAUACAGUUAGCACAAACAACAAUGAGAUCUGAAUUAGGAAAAAUAAAACUUGACUCUGUAUUUCAGGAAAGAACUAACUUGAACUUCAGUAUUGUAGAUGCUAUCAAUCAUGCUGCUGAUGCUUGGGGUAUUCGCUGCAUGAGAUAUGAAAUUAAAGACAUACAAUUACCUACUAAAGUCAGAGAUGCUAUGCAAAUGCAGGUUGAAGCCGAGAGACAUGGCAAUAAAGCAGCUUCACUCUCUGUAGCUGAGCAGUAUGUCCAAGCAUUUGGUAAUUUAGCCAAGGCUUCAAAUACAGUACUACUCCCUGAGAAAACUGGAGACAUAAGCUCAAUGGUUGGACAGGCAAUGGCAAUUUAUGGUCAAAUGACCAAAACAGAUCCUGCUCCUUCUAGUGAUGAUCCUUCACCACCUCCUAAUGACAAACUCUCAGAUUUUGAGAACAUGCUUGAUAAACUGAAUAAAAGCAUUGAUGACACCCUGACCCAGAGGUUUGAGUCUAGCACUGGAGGAGAGACUGUUGCUCAGUAUGAAGAGAAGAAGAAACAGGAGGACACUGAGGAACCACACUUUACUCUAGCGACUUCUGGAACCAGGAACAAUCCAAGAAAGACUGAUGAUUACUAAUAAUAACCAACCAAUCUAUAUUGUUUGUUGUUGCAUUUAAUGUUAUUUCAUUUAUUGCAGCAUAGAGAUACUGCAAUUGCAGCUUGCCAUGUUGUGCAUUCUUCAUGAUAUUCCUACAAUAAGAUCCUAUAGAAA